GCACCCAGAUCAGUUCCGAUUGCAAUUUAGGAGUAAACAAAUCACUUCUUAACGAAUUCUGAACGCUGCCGCUCCAGAAAGUUCAACGUUUGAAAGGCGUUAAUUAAUUUAUGAAUUUGGUGGUAAUUAAUAGUGUAAACACUUAGUCGAAAUAUGGGGAUUAACAGCGGAAAGUGUCUUUUAAUUGUUGGCAUCCUCUUGCUUGUUGGCCAAUAUAAAAGCGUUAGUGGGUAUCCUCAAGCUGCCAAGGCUACCGCGCUGGCAAGCGCAGAUGCGCAAUCCAGUGGCGACAACGCCGGUGCUCUUGCCGUGGCGUCUGCAGAGGCAGAUGCCGAUUUGAAGGGUUCGGAAACCUUUGGUUUUGGCUACUAUCCGGGUGUGAUUGGUGGUGGUGGUCUAUAUGGUCAUGGUUUGGGUUAUGGCGGCUAUGGUUACGGCGGGCGCUGGGGUUAUGGCGGCUAUCACGGUUAUGGCGGGUAUGGUGGGUAUGGUGGCUACGGAGGCGGAUAUGGCGGUGGUUUCUAUCGACGUCCCAUUUAUCCAGUGUGGGGUUGAUAAUAUUAUUAUAUAAAUAUCUGCUCAUCAUCAGUAUUGAAGGCAUCGCUUAACGGUUAUGGUACUUACGCAUAUGUAUAU